CUCUAUAUGUAUAUAUAUGUUUAUUCUUUUCACUCUAUCUCGAGAUAAUGGUGAUGAUUAAGUAAUUUGCUUGUGGAAUAAUAAAGAAUUGAUGGAGAAAUGUUUUAUCAUUUUGAGAAUGUUUAUAUAUAACUAAAAUAAUAUGUUUUAUCUAGAUUUCUUCAUUGUCGUUCAUAAUGUCGCAAUCUAGCAACUCAGUCAACAGUGGUAGGAGGUAUAAGGAAGAGAUUCAAUGGAGUAGACCCAUCUGUGGUUGUGGGUUUGAAUCUGUAAUCCGCCCGUCAAGAACUGUUGAUAAUCCAAACAGAAAAUUCUAUGGCUGCCCAAAUUACAAGAAUGAAUUGAAUCGGGGAUGUAAUUUUAUUAUGUGGAUAGAAGCAAGUGGGCGAAGAAGUAGAAAUGAUUUCAGCGACUUGCUUAGAAGGUUGGACGAAAUUGAGGCCAAUGUUAAACAGUUAGAGCUUCAGAUUCAAGGAAGAGAUGAAGAAAUUGCUAGAAUAAUUAAGCUUUUGAAAAAUGUCAAAUUUGCUAUAUGUGUUUGUGUUGGAAUAUUAUUUAUUCUAUAUAUGUUAUUUAGUGUUUAACAAAUGUAUCUACACAAUUUAACAAUCAAAGUAACAGUAUAAAUUAGUAAGUUUAAGCACCAAGUUAGAUUAACUUGGAGUGAAGCUUUUUUGUGACCCAAAUAA